UCGAUAAGAUAGACAAAUUCUUGAUCAGAAAGAAGAAGACGUACCGUAGAAGAAUAUAAGCUGUGGUCAAUUUAUCGAACAAUUGGUGAUCGAGUGCUUUUGCUGUUCGGUAAAUGUGAAUGUGUAUUGUAUUAACGACGAUUAUUGUGCAAGUACCAAGUGCUUAUUGAAACACGAAAUCUGAAAGUCGAUAGUAAUCCACGGUUCAAGAGAGUAGUAUAAAGUAACGGUCCCUUGCUGCUUUCGUCAUGUUGUCAAAAUUGAUGAGGAAGACAAAGUUGACGGGAGAUGCUCACUGAUAUGGAGGUUGUUGAGAAUUCCCUGGUCCGCGGGCCGCCUCUACUUGAAAGGUUUCCCGGAAGUUUUCAUACGAGAAACACGCAAAAAGGUGUAAGUCGUCAAGCAACUAUCGGCUGUUCUGUCGGCUUCCUGAAAUUGUAACGUCGGUAUCACCUGAUUCUCAACUUGACUUGCUCAUUUAUUUUCCGUAUACUCGUCAUCCUCGGAGGAUACCGCAACACGCAUCAAAAUCAGUGGUAUCUUCGCUCUGUGAGGUCAAUUUUUCGCGAUGUUUCCUGUGUUUAGCUUGUGUGCUAAAAUGAAAAGUGACAAUAGCAAAAGUUAUGCAGCUGCUCAUAUACAUAAAGAAUGUAGCAAUUUACCCCAUGACAGUGACUGUCCACCACUUCUUAGUAAAUUAUUGGAUGAACUACUAGAUCCUCGUAAAUAUAUUGGUGACAGAGACACCAUCGAUUGGUGCAAAUGGUUAAUAGCUAGUGGUCAUACACCGGAGAAAUUUGCAGAAACAGUGAGCAUGUACGAUAAUGCUACAACUUGUGGACUAGUUUGGAUACCUAAUUUUGUAGCAUAUCGUUGCCGUACAUGUGGUAUAUCACCAUGUAUGUCUCUAUGUACUGAAUGUUUUAAAAAUGGCAAUCACUAUGGUCAUGACUUCAAUAUGUUUUUGAGUCAAGCUGGAGGUGCAUGUGAUUGUGGUGAUACAUCUGUUAUGAAAGAAUCAGGAUUUUGUAAUAGACAUGGUCCAAAAGCAGCUGUUGAUAAGUCAGCUGCUCCACCAAAUCUAAUGUGUGUAGCAGAAGCAAUGAUGCCUAGAAUAAUUCUUCGUCUUAUACAACACUUACGUGAAAAUUAUAAUGUGGGUCGACAAGCUUAUGAAACUGCAAUCCAAAAUGCAAUCCAAGAUGAAUAUAUAACAAUGCUCAUUGACUUCAACAAAAUGGGAGCAUUGAUGAGGCAUGUUAUGACAUCAGCUCUUACAAAUCCACAAAAAUAUAAGAAUCUUAUUGGUCCCACGGCAUCAACUGACACAGAAUAUGAUAGAUAUUGUCAAGAUAGCAAUGAAAUAUAUCAGAAUGCAGUGAGGUCUUUACCAAAUCCAAAACCACUUCAUGAAUAUAAAGAAUGUGCAUCAUUACAAGAACAUUUACAACAUACCACUUUCUUAGAAGAAUUAAUGUUCUGGACUGUAGCUUAUCAAUUUCCACAGAAAUUAGUCUGUUUACUAUUAAAUAUAUUACCAGAUCCGGAAUUUAAGGAGGCACUUACUCGUGCAUUUGUAUUACAUUACAGUAGAGUUUCAAUGAUGCUUGAGCGUUCAACGGAUCCUGAUGUUUUGAGCAAUAAGGUAGUCCAUGUUAGUGUACAGCUAUUUAGUAAUGAAAAUUUAGCAUUGAAAAUGGUGGAUCAAUUAAAGUUGUUGCAUGUUAUGGUAAUAGCUUUAAAGUAUAUGAUGAAUAAGAUAUUGAUUCAAAAUACUUUGCAUGAACCAGAUAACAAUUUUCAUUAUGUAGUAGAUUGUGAACGGCAAGUGAUGAAGGAACAUUGUUAUUGGCCUAUUGUAUCAGAUUUAAAUAAUGUUCUUUCACAUAAGCCUAUAGCUAUUAGAUUUAUGAGCGACGAUAAGCUUUUACAAAUGUGGUUCGAUUUUCUAUCUAUGUUUCAAGGAAUGAAUGUGAAUCAACAAGAAAUUAUUCAACAUGUUGAAUAUGAAUCUAAUACAUAUUAUGCAGCAUUUAGUGCUGAGUUAGAAGCUAGUGCAUAUCCAAUGUGGGCCCUAGUUUCUCAUUUACGUGAUCCCGAAAGUGUAGUUCUUACUCGUAGAGUGUUAUCGUUUUGUCUCACUGCGUUAGAAGAUUGGUUAGACGCUAUAAAUUUCAGUCAUCCAAAUGUGGGCGACAAUUUCCAAGUAUCGUUCCAUCUCCCACUGCACCGAUACUUCGCUGUGUUUAUGUGCCAAGCUGUGCGUCAACAAGGAGCUUCACUCAAUGAUUUGUUGCCCCCUACUGAUAUGUUACAUCUUUUGAUGAUGCAUCCUUUACGUGUUCAGGUUGCCUUUUAUGAAAUUUUAAAUGGAUUAUGGGUGCGCAAUGGUCUUCAAAUAAAAGGGCAAAUUAUGACAUACAUACAAUGCAACUUUUGUAAUUCAAUGGUAGAUGCAGAUCUUUAUUUACUGCAAGUUUGUGCAACAAAACUACAACCAGAUGUUUUCCUAAAAACAAUUGUUAAGAAGUUUCACAUAAAGCAAAAAAUGAGCCUUUGUUUGUACAGAAUAUCUCAAAACGAAUACUUGGAUGACACACCUAUGUUAGAAAGUUUCUUAACAUUUCUAGCUAUAUUAGUUAAUGUUCGAACAAAUUUGGGCUUGUCUGAUGCUGAAAUGUCCCGCUUAGAAAUGGUUACUUUAUUAUCUAUGGGAGAUAAAACUCACAGUCAGAUAAUGGAAUUAAUGCCAGAACGUUCUGGUAGUCCCCAAAAUAGAGAUUUUGAAUCUGUAUUAAAUGAUGUUGCAGUGUAUAGAGCACCUAAUCUUGAAGCUAGUGGAAAUAUGCAACAGGGAAUGUAUGGUCCAAAACCACGUUUGGUUUGGGAAGAGUUAUUUGAUCCUUUACAUGUUUUACUUCGAGCAGCACAGAAAGGAGAUUUCCAGAUGGCAAUGGAUCGUUUUACUGAGUAUGUAAAACAGUCAGGUAAAUUGAAAAGUAGUGCAAUUCCAUGGCCACCAUUUAGACAUCCUGCUCCUGUUUCACCUGCAUAUGAUGACCCACGAAUUGUACUACGAACUAGGGUUUUUCAUGCUAUGAUUUUAAUAAUAUUGUAUCAGGCUGUGUAUGAACAUAACAUAUCAGAACAUGUAAUGGCACUGACUAUUUACUUAUUAGAAAUGGCAGUAAUUACUGCAGAAAUACCUGAUAAAUCUAUGAAUCCUUUGUGUCACUAUACUAGUAAUGAAUCAUCUCAUAUUAUAAAUGACACUGACCUAGGUGGUUGGUAUAAAAGUGAUAAUUUAUCCGAAAAUUUAAGAACAGUAAUAUCUCAAGUCAUUUUGCUUGAAAAGUCAGAGUCAAAUAGUUCAGAUAGCGAUUUUGAAUGGGAAAUUCAAGGUGAAAUGACUGAGGUUGGAACUUCAUUUACAAUAAAUGAUUAUGCAGCAUAUGAGGAGUCUUUAGAUGUUUUAUCAUCUUUAGAUCCAAUUAGUAAUGAUACUGGAUUACAAAUUGCUAUAAGUACAUCGUUGCCUACUUUACCCCAAGUAGAUGAUAUUGGUAGUCAACCUACAUUACCGCCUGCAUCUCAACGGCCCGCUGUGGUGGCUGCUACCGAAAUAGUUGCACCAACGGUAUACUCAAGACUAAGUAAUUCUAGAGUAACAACGACAGAAAUCGUUCCAUCUACGAGUUCACCUAAACAUUUUAAACGAAAAGAAACUCAGGGUGGGGCAUUACAAUCACAAACCGUAAAAGUAGACGAGAGUAUAAUCACGUUACUAUUAAAAUUGCACUCGCAGCUGUCGGGUGUUUUAGAUAGUUAUAAUCCUGAACAGAGUGCAAUGUCAGAUAAUGAAGCUAGUAGUAGUUCAACUUUAGAAUCAACAGAAUCGCGAAUUGGCGAUGGCCCAUUCUUUAUUGCACAAUUAUUGAACAAGAUAGCAAAUUUAGAUCCCAUGUGUAAAGAAGCUAUAAAUGAAGCUAGAAAUAAAUUAUGGUCAAGUAUGCAAGAAAGUGAAGAUAAACAACGAGAGAAAGAAGAUCAGGAAAGAGAAGAGCGAAGAAGACGGGCGAAAGAAAGGCAACAAAAAUUAAUGGCUGAGUUUGCCAAUAAACGAAAGCAAUUUAUGGAAAAAGCAAUGGAAACAGAUGAAGCUGGAGUGUCUGGUAUGGAUUGGGAUCAGAAAGAUAAUGCAACAAAAUUAACUAGCAAAAAGGAAUACGAUUGUGUUAUUUGCAGUCAAAGUAGUCCUAGUACCGAAGAUAAUCCCAUGGGUCUUGUUGUAUUAGUUCAAGGAACAAGUGUUAUUGGUCAUGAACGACAACAACCAGACAGACUGGUUUUACCUACUUCUGAUGAAGAUCCGCCUAUACCAGAGUGUGAUACACGUGGUGCCUAUUUUGAUCGUAGAAUGAAUGCAAUGGGUCGUCAUUUUAAUGCCAUGUCGUUGUUGUUAUCCGUUAAUUUAGGUUGGGAGGGUGGAGUGUAUGUUCAAACGUGUGGACACCACCUACAUUUAGAUUGUUUGUUGCCAUAUGUAAAGUCUCUUGAUCAUCAAGAAAUACGACUUUCUCUUGCUGUAGAUAUCAACGAAUAUCUGUGUCCGCUUUGUCGGCAGUUAGCUAAUUGUUUUCUUCCACUUUCUCCACGAUUAGGAAAUCGUGGACAAAUUGUACGAUCUCCUUCUGCUCCUUUUUCUACAAUACUUCCGGAGAUAAAUAAUCUAUUAGCAGAGAUAAAAAGUCAUGCAUUAACGGGACGAACAUCUUUAUCUGAAGCAAUGCGUAAAGCAGUACAAGAUAUGACAAAGUGCACAAAUUCCAAGUUGCAACAACAAAAUAGUUACAAAAGUUUGUUUGCUUUCAUAACUUCUGUAGCACGAACUAAUAUCGAAAUUGAACUUGUUCAACGUGGUGGAUCAUUAUGUAUUCCACCACCUACUACGAUACCAUUAAGUCCAAAACGCGACUGUAUUGUUCCACUUCUUGACGUUCUGGUAGAAAAUGCACGUCUGUGUACGAUUUGGCCAGUACAACGUACAUGGCAACAACUCUGCGGGCUGCGUACAAAUCCUACGACCUCACUCUCUUUAACGCUAUGCGAAGGGGAAGUUCCGCUACUUCUAACAGAUCCAACUGCACUUCUUAUACAGUUUAUUUUAUUACCUCCUUUGCAUUUGGAUCAAAUGUAUUUCUCUAGCAUAGUAAAAGUCAUCUACAACUUAUUGUACUAUCAAGUUAUAGUACAAAUAAGCGGUGGUCUCACACAAGCAGAAAGAAAUACAUUUUUAUGUACAGGAUGUGCAGAGCACAGUUCUAUGUCUUCAGAAACUAUACUUUACAGAAUCAUUGAAUAUUUCAAUAAUACUCCACUUUAUCAUUCAGAUACUUAUGAUCCAUCUACUUCAUCGUGUACGUUAUAUACACGAGAUGAAAUACAUAGUAUCGAACAACAGAUACAAUUUAUGUGUUUACCAUUUUUGCGAGUAGCUGCUUUACUACGUUAUCAUUUAUACGAGGAACCGUUACCUGUAAUUAGGACAUCACAAACUGAAUUUGCUGGAUUAGUUUGUUACUUAGAAUUAGUUCCAGAAGGCAUAGAUUGGAACAUGUUUAAUUCAGCAAUAACCUUGAACUGGCAAGAUGAUAAGACCAGUGUUUCGGUGCCUCGUAUGUGGUGUGAUGGAAUGCUCACUUUUAUAAAUCGAAACGAUGCAGGCAGAUAUUUAAUCAUGGAACAACACAUAUUGUGGCACGUACCCAAGUUACUUAGUCUUCCAAGGGAGUAUGAAAAGAUUUUCACGUAUUAUCAUGGGCGACAAUGUCGUCAAGGUCAUUCAGUUCCACAAGAGAUAAGUAUUUGUUUAUUAUGUGGUGCCAUUGUUUGUUUAAAACAAAACCGCAUACAGUGGAAUGUAUCUGAAGUUGUUCAACAUUCGUUUGAUUGUGGAGGUGGAACUGGCAUAUAUUUGGUGGUUACAUCAACUUAUAUUGUUGUAAUUCGCGGACAACGUGUUUGUUUAUGGGGAUCUUUAUAUCUUGAUGAUUUUCAGGAAGAAGAUAGAGAUCUGAAACGUGGGAGACCUCUAUACUUAAAUCAGGAUAGAUACCAAUUAUUAGAACAGCAAUGGCUGGCACAUAGGUUUGACCAUACGAAAAAGACAUGGGUAUGGCAUCGUGAUAUACUGUAACAUUUUACAACGCUAAAAAGUGGUUACUCUAAAACAAGUCGAAGACUUUCAACAGGUUUAUUCCCAUACAAUGCCUCGCCAAGAAAUAACAUCGCUUUAAGAAAUAACAGAUUGCUCUAAUACUUUAUGAAUAAUUAUAUUUAUUAUGAUGAAAUGCGUAGAUAGGCAUAAUAUUGAAUGAAAGUAUUACAAGAAAAAAAUGUGGUGAGAGCUAAAGCAAAUUGUUUAUAGUCAGAAUACAUGAAAGAUUAUAUCCGAAGAAAUGUAUGUUUUAAAUCACACAUUGUACAUUCUAUUUAAGUAUAUGCAUAUAAAUUAUGUCCUAAUAAAAA